AUGACCUGCUCUAUGAUGCUCUAUGUCCUGCUCUAUGUCCUGCUCUAUGUCCUGCUCUAUGACUUGCUCUAUGACUUGCUCUAUGUCCUGCUCUAUGACCUGCUCUAUGACCUGCUCUAUGUCCUGCUCUAUGUCCUGCUCUAUGUCCUGCUCUAUGGCCUGCUCUAUGACCUGCUCUAUGUCCUGCUCUAUGUCCUGCUCUAUGACUUGCUCUAUGAUCUGCUCUAUGUCCUGAUCUAUGUCCUGCUCUAUGGCCUGCUCUAUGACCUGCUCUAUGUCCUGCUCUAUGACCUGCUCUAUGACCUGCUCUAUGACCUGCUCUAUGUCCUGCUCUAUGACUUGCUCUAUGUCCUGCUCUAUGACCUGCUCUAUGUCCUGCUCUAUGACCUGCUCUAUGUCCUGCUCUAUGUCCUGCUCUAUGUCCUGCUCUAUGUCCUGCUCUAUGUCCUGCGCUAUGACCUGCUCUAUGUCCUGCUCUAUGUCCUGCUCUAUGACUUGCUCUAUGUCCUGCUCUAUGACCUGCUCUAUGUCCUGCUCUAUGACCUGCUCUAUGUCCUGCUCUAUGACCUGCUCUAUGUCCUGCUCUAUGGUGCUCUAUGUCCUGCUCUAUGUCCUGCUCUAUGA